UUUCGCUUUACCAGCAUUGUACUUUCACAUUUCUGCUAGGAAGCAGGACGUUUUUAUAUAUGUUCAAGUAAUCAUAAUACCACCAAAAGGGACACUAUCUGAAGAAACAUUAAGAGGCCGUGGUCAUCUUUAGUUGGAACCUGGAGCCCAGUGAUAUGCAGGUCAAUCUUUCGGCUUUGGUUGCCAGUGUGCUGAUGCUGGUGGUUCUGGUCCGGAUCAGUAAGGGAUCCAGUCUAGGUGCAUCUGUUAAUAUUGAACUUUCUCAGGAUGGAUCGCAACAGCUCCGUGCGUAUUACAGUGUGUUGUUCAGUUUGCCAUGUCCAUCUCUGGAUCAGUUGUGCAGUGAAGUGGACUGCAGUGCUCCGGUCAACCCCUCUCCUCUCACAGGUCUUUUACCUUCACCAGGCUGGUGCCUCCAUCAGUGGCAGAAAACCAUUCCCAAAAACUACACCUUAACAUUAAAGCUUGGGUCCAAUGAAGAUGUGUCACUGUAUACAAGAGCUGAUCUGUCCAUCAGAGCGGACACAAACAGCAUCAACCGGCCUCCGUACAUUGCGCUGCCUCCUCCUGUCAGGUUACGUGCAGGUUGCAGUCAGGUAAUCCCUCUGAGCGUGAUGGAUCUGGAUGGAGAUUAUAUCCGCUGUCGUUAUAGGAGGAAUAACCUUGAUGCAUUUUUACAGCUAAAUGAAGAGACGUGUACACUGCUGUAUGAAGGUGGAGCAUCUCCAGGUCUGUAUACAGUGAAGAUUAUAGUCGAGGAUUUUCCUUCAUCUGCGAACAACAAAUCAAAUUCUUUCUCCACUGUAUCUCUACAGCUCACAAUAACAGUUCAGAAUGACGCAGGCUGUCCAGCCCUACCAGAGUUCACAUCUGUAAACCCGGCCGCCGGCCAACUGGUGCACCUGCUGCCCUUUGAGGAUGUCCAUGUCAACAUUACAGUUUACUCAAGAGUACAGGAAUUGACAGAAGUUGCAGUGAUUGGUCCAUCAGACCUCUAUAUAUCAGCCAUGACAACAGCUCUGAACUUCAGAAGAUCCACAACAUUGUCCUGGGUCAGAGGUCCUGAUCCAACAGCACAGCUGAUCUCAGUUUGUUUUGUUGCAAACACUAAGAGCCUGCAGUCUGACAUCAGGUGUUUGUGGCUUCAACAGACGCUAACAGAUCCUUUGCCUCCAGGAACAGAGUUGAAAUGUAAAGAGAGGGAGCGGCAAAUGUCUCUGGUGUUGCCCGUUUCAUUUCUGGAGAAUCUUCAUUUCUCUGAGCUGCACCUGAACGACCCGACCUGUCCGGUGUUUUACAACAGUACACAUAUAACAACAACCUUCUCUUUGAUAGGCUGUGGUACCAAAACACUGCACUUAGGAUCAGAACUAUUGUACACCAACACUUUACGCAGCGUAAAUCCCAACUCGACUAUCACCCGAGCUGCCAGUCUUGUUCUUCCGCUCGCCUGCCGGAUUCCUGCCCACCAACCCCAAAGUCCAAGCUUUAAUAUCUCCAUGCCCACAGAAGUGGAGACAUUCGGUGCCGUUUUCUUCUGGCUCGAGUUCCACAUUCCUGGCGAGGGACCCAUGGCCGCUGAUACACGACAUGCACGUUUGCGCAGUUUACAGCCUGUGCAUAUGGCUCGAGAUCUCCAGCGUGCUGGCAAGACAAACAUACUGGACCUACAUGUAUUUUCCAACUGUUCAUUGGCCCGUGCUGAGCUCAUGGUGAGCCGAUGUGUUGAGUCGGAGUCAAAAAACUUUCUUCACAUACAGCCCCUGCUGAACCAAGGCUGUGCAUCUGGUAGUGGAACAUCAGAGGUCCUGACGUCAACACCAAGUGUUCGCAUUUACCGCUUAUAUCUCAGUUCUCUGAACAUAAAAGGAGACACAAUGUAUGUUGAGUGUGAAGUGCAUCUUUGUGCGGCCACCAAAAAAACGCAGAGAUGUGCAGAUCCAUGUACAAAAUCAUCGGAGCGGACACUAGUCGAUAGUGUUCUAACCCACAACUAUAAAAUCCGCUCAGGGCCAGUUUCUUUGAUGAACAAAACCACAGUGUCCAGUACAACCUCUGCUAAACCUACUCAAAACAUGAAACCUAUCGUUCAGCCUGCAACCAGUCAGUCAUCAGGAACCCUGGCCUUCUGCAGUCCUGGUCAAAGUCUGUUCUGGAUAUUUGCUGUGACCCUGUUGACUUUCCUCAUAAAGUCAUGAUGUGUUUUCACAUCACAAAAAUUAUUUUGAAGAACCGAACACUGACUUCUCAAAAUCACAAUCACAGUAUAUUUUAGAAAAUGCUAUGUCAUUGUAAGCACAUAAAAAGCAAAUAUUAUAAGCAAAAACAUGUCAUACAUAUGUCUAAUCAUUACAAUUUAACACCUAAAACAUAAAGCAAUGCACAACGGUAAACUGAAAUACACUGUUGUUGUUAAAAAUGUCUUCAUUAGUACAAAUUAGUAUUUUUUGUAUAUUAAGGUAAAUCUAAAUGUACUCAAGUGUGCUAUUCUGGGACACCAAUUGAUUUUAGUGGAUUUAAAUGAAUGAAGUAUUACUGGUAUUAAGUUGACUUUUUGAAGUGCACUAAAGUAGAACUAUACUUUGAUAUUUUUGUGCUAAAUAAAAGUGUAAAAGUUAUACACUACAAAUAUUCUCAAUGUA